AUGAGAUACGGUGUAUUUGUUGCCAAUUUUCAGCUGGAGAUUUUUGCGAAUGCUGGAACUAAGGAUUACGGAAAUAUUUUUGCUACUGGGGAGAGAAUAUUUCUGGCCCCCAAAAAAUUUGUGACCCCAAAAAUUAACUGAAUAUACUUUUGACCUGCGUUAUUAUAUAAAUUCCAUAUCUAUAAAAUAACUUAGCUUUAUAGUGAUCUGAUAAACUUCGCGAUUACACCAGUCCAUUUAAUGCAAAUAUUAGAUGUUUUGUAUACAACUUUUCCCAAGUAUACUUACGUAUACUCAUAAACUGCGUGCCCUGAAACCAUCUAUAAAUUGUUUUUUAACGAUUGUCUUUAACAAAGGAACCUGCCUCGUUGACUGAGUUCGCAUCGACGGUAAGAUCGGCAUUAUCUUCAGUCGCUAACUGAAAUGACAAAUCCCCUUACCGCAAGAAGGUCGUAAAAAGGUGAAUCACGUGUCGACGCGUUACCGAAAGCGACGCGGGAGUUUUGAAUUCGUGACAUCGAGCAAGGAAAAAAUUAAUUGCCAAUCGAAGUCGAGGAGAUAUUUUUCAGCCUUUAUCUGAUAGGUGAAUUUAUCACCGAAACAAUGACGAGUCUUGAGACUAGAGUUCCGAAUUUGAAAGAAAACUAUCCGAUCAUUGAGCGUUCAUUGAGCCGGUAAUAAGCGGUGGAAAAUUGGUGCAACGCCUGCUUGUUUAUUAUUAUGCGAGAGUGUCUAGAUAAGGUAAAGUAAAAAUUGAACUGCUUCGCUUUCCCUCGAUAAAUGGUGUACAGAAAUGGCGUACGUACCGCGCCACAAAUAAUCCAUCCAGUUUCGAACGAUUCGAUGUGUAAUAGAAUUUACGAUGCGCACUUUACCUGAGACGUACUAUUAUACAUACAUAAAAUUGAAGCUCAGUUAUCGUAAUAACGAUACUUCGCAAUACAGAUAAUUUGCGUGGUGUUUGUCUCCCGACGCUAAUUAUUGAAGGAAAAUAUCACGUAUAAUCCAUUGUUAGUAAAACGUUAAGUAGGUAAUAAGGUGAAUAAAAAUGGCAAAAGCUGUAUCAAUUCUCAUUGACAAAAUAUACUUGAGACUUAACGAUUGCUGUUGACUCGCGGGUUAAUUGGCUAGGUAAUCAAAUGCGCAUGCCGCGGGACUGGAAUCCGGUGCCCCCAUUUCCUGCCCAGUAUUUUAUAACGUUGUUACGUUCAUGACUUGACAUUAUGCUGGAAAGAAGGAAAGAAAGACUUGCCUUUUCUCGGCGAUCUCGGAGUUGACGUAUUGCUCACGGUGGUGCUGGUUCGUCGAGUCCGAAGCCACAACCACCGACUUGUACUUUUAAGUCCGUCACAACUCGUCUGUACCCAGAUCCCCGGUCUCCGCCUAUAAAGAACUCCUCAACUCUCGUUCUUCGCCAAGUUUCCCCGGUCUUGCGAUAGGCUCAACAUGUUUCGGCUACUCUUCCUGGUUCUGGUUUCCAAUGCGCUGGCGGAGGCGCCGUUAAGUCCAGGACACAUUAAGUACAGCGAUGACAACGGGAUCAAAGUCGACUGGAAGCUGUACGCUCCUUACGCCCAGUUCAAGUCCCAACUUCAGCGUCACUACGAACGAAGGGACGGAGGAAAAGCGACGGCGAAAGAGGAGCGGAGGCUCGGAAAUCCAGCCACAGUUCGAGCCGAGCUUCUGGAGCAGGAACAGGAGCAGCCUGUGCGGUACAAGCCUUUCUCGCAGGUUCCAAACCCGCUGAAGCAGCUCCUCAUGGAGUCCUACGAAGCCCAGGCGCCCUACGUCGAUCACGAGGCCUUCUUCCACCGGCUUCCGGUCCCGUUGGAAACGGCUCCUCCGGAGAGACAGGAAGUUGAUUACCAGUCGGAGAUCGUCAGGCCGGAAAUUCGUAACCAGCAAAGUGAAAAUAUCCCGGAAACGGGAACGUCCGCUGCGCAUCGGUCCUUCGGCUUCGACAAGAGCGUUCCCGCGGAAAUUCAACAGCUGUUGAAGUACCAGGCUCAGAUACCGUACAACGUUAUUGCUAAUCACAUAAUUUAUAAACCCGAAAUCCCCUUCGUGCCCGAACCUUUGCCCGAUGACCAAAGUGGCCCGUACAAGUAUCGCAGCAGAGUUUAUUACGCGUACCGAGGAAAUGGCAAGGAGGAUCAGGUUAAGCCUGUCUCUGAAGAAUCUGGUCGCAAAUCUUCGUAUUAGGUGCUGCCGUAAAGUAGAAAAGUUAUUUGAGGUGCAGUAUUUUUUUUUUUUUCAAUUUUAUUCGUUAUUAUUAGAAUUUUUUCCUCCCAAUUAUCAAGCUCUCAUCGUUCGGUACGUGUGGAAUCGGAAUUAUUUAUGAAUAAAAUAAUGAUUAAAUUUGAAAAUGAAUAACAAUCGCACAAAUGAUUAACUGCAGUGCCUCAACUGAUAUUCAAUUUCUCCUAUAAUAAGUAAAGAUAGUUUAAAGUUCGAAGAAAUUGUCAAAAUAAAGUAUAUUCAGGUAUUUUGUGAUAUGAAAGCCAGUUUUUAUGUCGAAGAAGUACACACGUCAAUUAA